UUAGAUGGGGAUGGCCGGAGACUGAAAGGUGCUAUUCAGCGGAGCACAGAAACUGGACUGGCUGUUGAAAUGCCAAGCCGGACAGUCCGUCAAGCCAGCCAUGAAUCCAUUGAGGACAGCAUGAACAGCUAUGGAUCUGAGGGAAACCUGAAUUUCAGUGGAGUCCAUCUGGCAUCUGCUGGGCAGUUUAGUGACUUCCUGGGGAGUAUGGGUCCUGCACAAUUUGUUGGUCGUCAGACCUUGGCCACCACCUCCAUGGGGGAUGUGGAAAUUGGCUUGCAGGAGCGAAAUGGACAUCUAGAAGUGGAUAUCAUACAGGCCCGAGGACUAACUCCAAAGCCUGGCUCCAAAACCCUUCCAGCUGCUUACAUCAAGGCUUAUCUAUUAGAAAACGGAGUGUGCAUUGCCAAAAAGAAGACAAAAGUGGCUCGCAAAUCAUUAGACCCACUAUACAAUCAGGUGUUACUGUUUGCCGAGAGCCCGCAAGGCAAAGUAUUACAGGUGAUAGUCUGGGGAAACUAUGGACGCAUGGAGCGCAAACACUUCAUGGGAGUAGCCAGGGUUCUCUUGGAAGAACUGGAUUUGUCAACCUUAGCCAUUGGCUGGUACAAGCUUUUCCCGACCUCCUCAAUGGUAGAUCCCACUACCGGUCCACUCCUACGCCAGUCCUCACAGCUUUCUCUGGAGAGCACGGUGGGACCUUGCUGUGACAGGUCUUAAUGAGUAAGGAAAGGGGAACUGCUUCUGUUUUUUAAACAUGCUGUCAAGGUUUUGUUUGCUGGAACUCUGACCUCAAGUGCGGUGCAUGUUCAAUCAGUUCUUAUGGAGCUGGAAGAGGAGGAUAACCCAGUGACCUUAGACAGAAGACAAGGGAGAGGGCAGUGCAAUCUUCUCCAUCUAAGUUGGAGGUGCCAUGGGGCAUGAGUCCUAGUUGUCAGUUAUCCAUACCCCCCAUGUUUAACUUCUCUCACAAUCAUUCUGGCACCCUUAUUACCAUUUACCUUAGAAAGUCACAGCAUCAUUUUUUUGAGCAGGGAAGGUAUUUUUCUUAACUUUGUACUUUAUGAAUUUCCAAACCAGACUUUUCUGGCAUUGCCUGAAAGGUUCAGAUGCAAAAAUCUGAUCAGAAGAGAGCAGGGAUGGCAAGCUUUUAUGGGAGCUUUGUGUUUUUUAUACAAUCUUUCUCCUUAAAAAUGAAUAAUAAAAAAGGAACUCUUUCUUUAGAGUAAAUUCUACAUCAAAGAAUCAUGUUAGUUGUAAAACAAUUGUUGGUUUGUUUUUAAACUGUGCCAAAUUACCAGCAAGUGUCUUUAAUACAUUCUUGGCUAACACUGCUGAUGAAGCAUAUUUGAUAGGAAAAUGAAUAGAGCAUACUUUACUAAGACCAGACAGUUCUAAGGGAGGCACUUAGCACGAUAAUUAGCUGCAAUUUUGCUCAGAGAAACACUGAAAGUGGGAGCUGAACAUCAGACUUUCAGUUUGCGAUGUGGUUUACUAGCACGUUGUCAGAUAAAACAUUCCACAGUUUGCAAACUCCUUCCUUUUUGCCAUGCAUCCCUCACUCUACCUUCUGCGUUCUGUCCAUCUUUUCUGUGUACUGGUACAUAUCUUAUAAAGUGCUACCCUUCUUCUGCCAACAUGUCAUGCUGUGAGCUAACUGGAAAUAAUAGUUUUAUUCAAUGACAGGAAAGGGUGUGAUAUUUCUGGGAGCGCAGCAAAGAGAAACUCAACUUUUCAUCUUGUAAGGGGUUCUAGAGAGGGACUCAACUUGUCCCCUUCCAUGCUUAAAGAAGGUGGAGUUGCCCAAGGCGACCCUGUUAAUACACAAGCAUUGUUAGGUGAAUUGAAAGAGGAGGACACUUUUCCCAGAGUGCAGAAAGAGGUGGUGGCUGGGGAAUCUAAGAGAUGCUCUAGUCAUAACAUAUAUAUUUUUUGCUUAACGACAGCAACAGAGGACAUCCAUUGCUAGCUGUAAGUAAAUGCAGGUUAACCCUGUAAUGUAUAUUCUGUGAGCUGCUGAGCAGACAGUAGCUGCUGUUAAAGAGAGUCAUAUAUACUAGAGCAGUGGGGGUAAUGCGCUAUUUGUAUUAGGUUGUUCAGGUGAUACAAAAUCUUAUGCUUGGAAACACCCAUUCCCCAAAGCCAAGGAGAAUUUUUUUAGAAGGCUGACAGAUUUCAUGGGGUUCUCUUCAUGUGGGCCUUUCUGCUAGAUUUCUUGUCAUAAUUUUGAAUGAAGAUUUUGUGGCUGGUGCCUCAAAGUAGGUGCAAGGAAGUAUUUUGUUUUGUGAUUUAAGAAGCCGAGGUCCUAUGUAAUGCUCAGGAACCAGCAAAUUCCUGACUUGUCAUUGAAACGCACUGGAUGUGUCAACAUGUGGACCACAAAUAUGUCAGAAUAUAAGCAUGAAGUUUUAUAGGAUGGAAAAAGUGCUUGUGGUGAUUGCUUGUCUGUGGCAUUUUAAAUUUAUUUUGAAGCAAUUACAGAAUAGGUGCAAAAAUAAUGGACCCAACAACGAGCUCUGUAAAAACUGAUAUAACAUAAAAGGGGAAAGGGACAUAAACCUAAGAAUUUUAAGAGUCUCAGGAUAGUAAAGUUUCAACAUUUCAGUCCACUCUCUUAAUUUCUUUGGUAAACUAUGUCUCUGGCCUCACUCUAAUUAUUUUUUCCUAAUUGUAUUAGACAAUUUCUGUAUAUUAGCUGACAAAAGUUUGUUGCAUGCUGGUCAAACUAUGUUGUGACUCUUUUUUUUUAAAAAAAAAAAGCACAUUAACUGUAAUUCAAGUCAACACCUUUUCCUCUUGGUAUGUAGUAAGUACUAGGCAAUAUUGUACAAUAUGUGUAUGAACUAGAAUAGAUUAGGUAGAUUUAGUGGUUUGUAGCACUGGAUCUUUUAAUAACUAUGUCUUUAAAAGGACUGUGGGAAAAUACAAAUACAUUCCAAGCCUGAUAACUGAAUGGCAGGGGUCCUAUAUUCAGUUAUUUAGAAAACUUUUUAUCGGUAUAUGGUUUGGACAUUAUCUACCUGUAUAUCUAGUUAGUCACAUUUUACCUAUGUUCAUUAGUAUGUAUGCAACUUUUUGAAACCUUUAAUUAGGAGUUGGGGGAUGAUAUACACCAAAUUAAGUACCUUCAAGAAAUCUCCUUUUGGGACUGGCUGUUGGAGAGCUUUGAUCCUCCGUGAACAGGAAAUUCCACAGGUUUUUUGUCCCCCUCUCCAAAAACUUUGCAAGCUCAAUGUGAUCAGUUUAGUUAAAAAUAGGACUUAUACAACUUUGACUGUCUUGUCCAUGUUUUUUAUUACAUUAAAAGGUCCUUGUCAUGUUAAAUUCUUAUUCUAUAAAUUGUAUUUCCUCUCAUGUGUUAUUUUAUUAACACCUGAUAUUAUGUAAACUGAAACUAGUUUUUACCUUCUGUUUGAUGCUGUGUUGUUUAUCUUCUGUUGCUCUGGCAUCAGGAUAGUAGGCUAGUAAAUCUGCUUCUGUUUCUUGUCAGUUUCACUUCCUGUUUCUUAUGGACUAAGUCAAUGUUGCAGUGUCUGGUUCCAUACACUGUCGGUCAUACUUAGAGGCAAAUAAAAUUUUUUCACUGAGAUUAAAACAAAGCAGAACAAAAUCACAGCAACUCUUCUAAUGACUCAUGCAGGCAUAGAGAUGAAGGGCAGGCCAGGUCCUUACAAUCAUAGUCCAAACUUCUCCAUUUCUCAGGCUAUAGAAGCUCACACAGUGGCUUCUGCAUUUAACUCAGUAACUUUGGGUAGAAGUAAAGGAAAUAUUUUCUAACCCCCAGUUUUUAAAUAAAGACUCCAAAUGAUAGAAAGUCCAAGCAGGGUCUUAGGCUUAGAAAAGCUUUUUUGUGCCAGACCUAACUUUUUCAUUCAACUCCAAGAUAAGAUGAUGUGGUAGCUCUAGCUUCUGCUCUGGUCAAUUAGAGUUUGUAAAGUAGCAGUUUUCUUGAGCAGUUAGCAUCUGAAAUGUGAACUUUGGUCUUACUUUUAAAAGGGCAAAACACUUGUUUUGUGUUUAAAUCUAGGUGUUAGUUAUUAUUAUUCUUUGUUUUUUUAAGAAAAAGGAGUGGUACAUAUGUGAUGUGCGAGUAAAGAGGACUGAGUAUGGGGACUAGUUAGUGUCUGCCCAAGGCAAGGCUGAUUCUCCAUUUCUUACAUUCCAAAAGCUACACUUAAUCCUAAUGGGAGGCUUGGUUACAAAUGCAAUGAAGGCUCAGUCUGUGGAUAUUAAUUUAUUUGUUGUCUAUACUUUUUUCAAUGAGAGGAUGGUGAUGACCACAUCGCUGAGGACAAAAUUAUCUUUUCCCACUGAUAAUUCUAUGAACACAAGAAGAACAGAAUAUUAGAAGUGAGAGAAUUGUUCUGUUAGUAAGCUGCACAAACAGAAGCCAUGUUGGGCAAAAAAUCUGAUUUUCCAUCCUCCUGGUGUUGCUUUCCUUUCUCUCAACCCAUUUGGCAUGAUAUAGAGACAAAACAAGGUCCCCAUCCUGUGACUGAAUCAGUAGAGACAGACCAAGGGAACCUCCACAGACCCAAGGCAUUAGGGUUUAGUCUCUGCAAGUCUAUCUGGAAGAUCAGGGCAAGGGAAACCUUGGCCUGAUCCUGGCUCAAAAAGUGUAUCCCAACUUCACAGCAAAGGAAUUUUUAGGGAGGUCACUGAACUCUUGGGCUGUAUAUAUUUAAAGUUUUUAAAUACUGGAUCCUUUAUCAAUCUAGUGUUCCAAAAUCAUAGGUCUUCUGGAGUCAGGACAUUACAAGUUUCUCUAUAAUGUUGAGGCAGUUAGCAGAACCUCAUCCUAAGCGUGGUUGGUAAUGGGUAGACAGCAAGACAACUUUUUUAUUAAAUUCAUUUUGAGUUAGUUUAUUACAUGCUAUUAUUAAUAUUUUAAAACAGGAUAAAUAUUUUUUCUUUAAAAACAAGAUAGCAUAUGUUUUUUAACAGAUGACAUGAUUUAGCAUUUUCAAAAGCAUUUAAUGCUUUGGGUAUGAAGUUUACUCAUUCUUCUGAUUUUAUAUGUUCUUUGUUAUAUUUUGUCAACAUUUUUUCCAAAAAUGAACAGGCAUCUGUAAAUAACAACCAGAAAAGAGUCCUAUAGAAAGUUCUGUUGAAACUGAUCAUUAAAUUAUUAUUAAAAUAUUUGUUGGCAUUCAUUAAAUCUCAGCUACUAUCCAAGCCUUUGUUGAAGAACUUGAUGUUGUAUUUUCAAGAUGAAAACUACUUAGCUAGUUUUGUCAUAAUUCUGUAUUCUGUAUAAAAAUCUUUUUAUAAAGAAAGUCUAAUAGGCUAACAAGCAAUAAUAUAUUCCAUUUGGUGUGCACAGAUUGUGACUUGCAGGCUGUAGUACAUAUUGUUGAUAAAGUAUAUAGUUGUCUUCAUUCUUAAUGACAUCACUUUUGAAAAGAACCAUAUUAACUUUGAAGGUAUGGUUAAGAAAAUGAAGAUGGGGCUAUUGCCAUGUGAGAAAC